AUGCUGCUCCGUCCAGAGCCUCGGCAGUACGUGAGUCUGUACAAUUACGUGGCGUUGGAGGAGAGCGAGCUGCCCAAGCUGUGGCGUCGACUGCUGGGUGGCUGGAAGGCGCUGGGUGUGAGCGGCAGGGUUUACCUGUCGCCCGAAGGGAUCAAUGGGCAAUUGGUGUUGCCUCAGAGCAGUCUGGAGGCUCUUGCAGCUUCGUUCCCACAGGUUUUUACGGGUGACAACAUGUUCUACGGUCAAUUGCUGCCUCCGAUGGAUGGAGAGAGUGACGCCCCAUUCUCCAAGUUGACAGUGAGGAUUCGGAAGCAGUUGGUGCAUGACGGAUUCGAGAGAGGAGCGCUGAAUCUAAAGGACUCGGGCGAUUCCUUGCCGCCCGACCAGUGGCACGACAAACUCAAGACCAGGAACGAGACACAAGACUCCGACACGCUCGUGCUCGACGUCAGGAACUUCUACGAGCACGAGAUCGGACGCUUCGACGGCGCCACCAGGAUCAUGGUCGACACCUUCCGAGACACGUUCGACGCGCUGGACGAGAUCCUCGAGAAGCACGAGCAGCAGCACGACGGACAGAAGCCCAAACAGGUCAUGAUGUACUGCACCGGAGGCAUCCGGUGCGAGAAGGUGGGCGCGUACCUGACGCAGUACAAGGGCAUCUCGAACGUGCAUAAACUGCAUGGCGGCAUCGUCAACUACAUGCGGUUUCUCAAGGAGCAGCGGCAGGCGGCCGCGGAGGCGCGAGCUCGCUCGGCUGCUGCUGAUGAUGUUGCAGAAGAAGACGAAAAGGAGAUUUCUCUGUUCAAGGGCAAGAACUUCGUGUUCGACCAGCGCUGUGUGGGUGAGUUGACGGAGUCGGAGGAGGUGACGGACGAUGUGCUGGGCAAGUGUUUCCAGUGCGGCGAGCCGUGCAACCACCACACCAACUGCAGCAACUUGAUGUGCGGUGGUCUAAUUCUCCAGUGUCAAGCCUGCGCUGCGAGUCUCCUGGGAGCUUGCAGUGAGCCGUGCAAGCUAGAAGUCAUGAAAAUGAACUCGAUGACGACGCAGCAGCAGAAGGAGUACCGCAAGCAGCGGGCGAUGCAAUGGAUGCCACCGAUUCCGAACGCUCUGUCCAAGUACGUCACCAAGCGAUCAAGAUCUGCAGUCGCUAGAAAUCUCCACACACAACGACACUUCUCAUCCUCACGAACUCUCUGCAAGAGCAUCGACGAUUCAGCGCUUCAGAACGACUACGUCUACAGGCAAAGCACCGCUCUCACCGACGACGCAUUGCUCCGAGACCUGCGUGAGGAAACUGCUCGGACGUGGCCCAAGGCCGAGCAGCUCAUCGACGAGAUGCACGGCAAGUUCCUCUCGUUUCUGGUGCAGACCACGCCAGCCAGGCGAGUGCUGGAGAUCGGCUGCUUCACCGGUUACUCGGCGCUAUGCCUCGCGAACGGCUUGGCUCCUGACGGCUCGCUCGUCACAUGCGACAUCGACGCUGACACCAUGCAGUUCGCCCAGCGGUUCUUCGACAGAAGCUCGCGCGCGGCUCAAAUCUCAGCCGUGAACCAGGACGGCCUCGAGUACCUCACGACUCUUGCAUCAAGCGCCCAGCAGCAGCCGUUCGACUUCAUCUUUGUAGACGCCAACAAGCGCAAGUACAAGGCCUACUACGACUUCAUCCUGGAACACAAGCUGCUGCAUCCCGCAGGGCUCUUGGUCUUCGACAACACGCUGUUCCGGGGUCGAGUAGCCGCCUACGACAGCGGAUUGGCGAGCAACAAGGAGCGCAUCGCUCGAGGCCUGGCAGAGUUCAACAGCUACGUGGCUCAAGACCCGCGCUCGACGCAGAUGGUCAUGCCGCUCUGGGACGGCCUCACUCUCGUGAAGCAGACUCCAAAUUGGGACGAGGCAUAA